GUGUCACUGGGUUCUUCUUCUAGCUAAGAUACACACAGUCACACAUUUAUAUAUAUCAAGAAUGGAAAAGGGUUCAUCUUCUUCAGCAUCAGGUGGCGGUGGUAGGGCGGCAGAUCACUCACACUCGCACUCACUAAAUGGGUUGAAUUUCGGGAAGAAAAUCUACUUCCAAGGUGGCGGUGGUGUGGGUUCUGGAGUACUGCGGCCCAGAAGCAGCGGCGGUGGUGGAAGAUUGCCGAGGUCACCGGCGAAGAAAGGGAGGAGUAGUGUGGAGGGCGGACAGCCGCCGCGGUGCCAGGUGGAGGGGUGUAAUAUAGAUCUGAGUGGUACAAAGGCAUACUAUUGCAGGCACAAAGUGUGUGGUAUACAUUCAAAGUCUUCUAGAGUCAUUGUUGCUGGCCUUCACCAAAGGUUUUGCCAGCAGUGCAGCAGGUUCCAUCAAUUACCGGAAUUUGACCAAGGAAAACGGAGCUGCCGCCGCCGCCUUGCCGGGCACAACGAGCGGAGGAGGAAGCCGCCGCCACCACCGGGACCUUUUAUGUCUUCCUCUUACACAACAACCCUUUCACCACCCACCUUCGAUAAUCAGAGCAAAACAGGAGGACUUGUGAUGGACUUUACCAGAAGAGAAGAUUCAUGGCCGAAUAAUAAUAAUACUAUCUCCGCCUUAAAAUACGAGCAAGAUGACGAAGACGAUGAUGACGACGAUCUUCUAGAAGAUUCAACUAAUACCAGAAAUAAUACAACCAGGCACAGUUAUUGUGGUGGAGCUGUAAUAACAUCUCCUUGUCCAGAAAGCUCAUCCACAAGUAAAAGUGCUCUCUCUCUUCUGUCAAAACAGUCCAUUCCUACCUGGGAAUCAACAAACCAAACCCUGCUGCUUCAGCCCUCCUUAGACACCACCACCACCUCCGCAGCGGCCGCCGCUCAAUUUUCGUGGGGUUUGAAGGCGGCCAACCACCACCACCACCACCACCAUGAAGCUGCUGCUAAUAAUAGCAUCACCACCACCGCCGCAACCACCUUUCAUGAAAUGGCUCCUCCUCAUCAUAUGCAAGCUCAGUAUAGCAGGCAUGAACUCGGGCUGAGUCAACUCAGCGAGGGACAAUAUCACGGGCUCGAGGGCCCCACUGGAUAUGAUGCUGCUUCUCUCCAGCAUAUGAACUGGUCACUUUGAAUUGGCUACACUUUCUGGGAUCUUGUCUGUUCUUUGUUUCUCUUUCUUUUGUUUAUCUGUGGAAUUAAACUAAACUUCGAGUAGUCUUUCAUGGGAA